CACCUUGCUUACUUGUUGUCUUUAGCCACGUUUCUACAUCCAGUGAAGUAAAUGUGGAUGUUUUAACAUCACCCCGCGUCGGGACUGCUGUCGGGCAACAGCGUACACCUGCGGAAACUCAUUGUGUACUCGCUGUUCUCUGUUAUGCGCCAUGGCUUCAUGAGCCUGGUUGCUCACUGGUGCUGUUUGUGUCCCAGCUCGUGUCCCAUCAGAGUCUUAUGAGGUCAGGAUGUCCAGUGAUCUCGCUGGUGUGUGGGAGGUGGCGCUGAGCGACGGGGUCCACAGGAUAGAGUUCGAACAUGGCACCACCACCGGGAAGAGGGUCAUCUACGUGGAUGGACAGGAACUCCUGAGACGGGACUGGAUGUUCAAGCUGGUGGGCAAGGAGACGUUCAGCGUAGGAAAAUCCGACACCAAAGCCACCAUCAACAUCGACGCGGUCAGCGGGUUCGCCUACGAGUACACCCUGGAGAUCAACGGCAAGAGCUUGAAGAAGUACAUGGAGAACAGGUCAAAGGUCACCAGCACCUGGGUGCUCAACUUGGAUGGCACUGACUGCAGGGUGGUCCUGGAGAAAGACACUAUGGACGUUUGGUGCAAUGGACAAAAUAUUGAAACUGCAGGCGAGUUCGUGGACGACGGCACGGAGACACAUUUCUCACUCGGGGACCACAACUGCUGUGUGAAGGCCGUGAGCAGCGGCAAGAGAAGAGACGGGAUCAUUCACACGCUGCUCGUGGACGGCACAGAGAUAGCGGAGUGCACUGAGUGACAGUGCGUCUACGUCAGGGGGCGAAGGCCAGAUGUACUGUUCCAGUUCUCAUUUUGUAGGAAACACACACAAACACCGAAUAACCUGAGCCAGUAAACCCCAGACUCCACCGGGGGCCUGUACUACGAAGCAGGAUUUGCAAGAUAACUGAGUUUUCAGAACUACAAAGCUGGUUGGUUUCUAAACAGGGUAUAUCACCAUGAUAACAUAUGCAGAACCACUCAAAUGUUCCGGAGCUGUCACGUUCAAGAUAAGAGAUCAAAACCUGAAAGUACUUGCCAAUCAAAUCCCUGGAAAUCUGGAAUUACGGCCCUGAGGUUGAGGCCAAAAACAUGUUUCAUGAGGCCACCGAGGCCUCGACCUUUGGCCACCAAAUUCGAAGCUGUUAAUCCGUGAGUCCAAGUGAACAUGUGUGCCAAAUUUGAAAGAAUCCCCUUGAGGUGUUCCUGAGAUAUUACAUUCACAAGGCAAAAUGUGCUGUGUGAGGAGUGAGUUGUUCCAGAUGUAAUGAAAGGUCCCACUGGCAGUCCUCAUCACAUUCACAUUGACGUGACUUUGAGCCGUGACCUCCAGGCACCAAAAUGUAAUUCGUUCAUUUUUGAGUCCAAGUGAAUGUUUGUGCCAAAUUUGCCGACAUUCCCUUGAGGCUUUCUUGAGAUAUCUCAAUCAUAGGAAUAGCACGCACGGACGGACAGACAACCCAAAAGCAUCGGGCCUCCGGCCGCCGGCAUGGGAGCGUAACCAUCACUCUGCAGGGUCCUGACUGGGUCAGUAGACUUCUUAAAAGAUGACUGAAAUGGUUUUUCUGGUCCAGACUUUCCAUGUGUGUGGUUUUAAAACAGAGCUGCUAACAAACAAAGACCUUAUCACAAUAUAUGAUACUCAGGCUUAACUGAGACCGUUGAUAACCAGCGUCAUAGUGCAGGAUGUCAGGAUGAUGUUAGCUUAAAUUAAGCUGGAUAACAAAAAUUUAUCCUGGGUAUUUUGACCUCACCUCGUACUACAGGCCCCUGUUGUCAUUUUGUUGGAAAUACAUAGACACAAACAAUAAACCUCAUCCUGCUCUCACUGUGCUUCAUGCCCACUUUUCUUGUAUUUUUCAUUAAUGCACAGUAGGGUUAAGUAUCAGUGGACAAGAAUAUUUCUUGAAUGUAGCGUCAUUCCAGUGUGCACAGCCCAGGAGUGAUAUUUUGUUUCAUUCUAUGUUGAGCUGUUCAAUGGUCUCUGUUCGUUUGGUUCAGCCAUGUGAUGUUUUGCAGUAGUGUGUAAUUUAAUGGCUGUAUUAGUGUCAAAAGACAAUCAGUCCGACGUUGCAUUAUUGGCAGAAUUAUAAGCAGUACGUUCGUAGAGAUGUGUGGAAUUCUGCGGACCAAUCAUUUGUCUCUUUGUUAAUGCGCAGGCCAAAUGUUGUGUUAGACAGAGGUUGAACUCAACCUUUAGGCUUCAAAUUAAGGUUUGACCUUUUUACAGUGUAUGUUAAAUGUUUUUUUUAUUAUUUAAAUUGCACUUAAUAUGUUGUGUACUUAUAUGUCCUGUCUACUUAUACGUCAACACCGGGGGAUCAGAGAGAUACGGCAUUACAAUCCCGUCCAAGUCCUGUACAUAUGGCAGAAUAGACAAAGUUGACUUGAACACGUCACCUGCUCAAAGCUCCAGGAAAAGAUAAAUGGAUAAUUUAUUUUUGCAUCAAACCAUUUCCAAAGUCAGAGGUGGGCUUUCCUGCUCGACACUGAUUUCUGUUACUGUAUCCUUCAGAGUAUCAGAUUUAAUGUCAUGUCUUUUAUAUGUCCUGUAUUAAGGCUUUGUGUUAACGUCUGUUUUCCACUUUUAUUUCCAGUCCCCCUACAUGUUUGUAAAAUGUCAAUUGUGUUUAACUUCAUAUCUGUACAGCUGAGUAGUUGGUUGGCCUUGAUGAAAUGACCCUUUAAUAAAAAUUUACAUUAUUGGUAAACUA